GUGACAGCCCAGCUCCGCGCGCGCGGCCGCCGCCAGAGCCGGCGCGAAGGGGCAGCGCGGCCCCGCGGUCCCCGGGCGGCAGCAGCGGCCGCCUAGUCCCGCGCCUCUCCCGGCCCGCAGCCCCGCGGUCCCGCCGCCCCGGGGCCGCCACCUCUCGGGGCUCCCCCGGUCCCCGCGCGCAAGAUGGCUGACCCGGCUGCGGGGCCGCCGCCGAGCGAGGGCGAGGAGAGCACCGUGCGCUUCGCCCGCAAAGGCGCCCUCCGGCAGAAGAACGUGCACGAGGUGAAGAACCACAAAUUCACCGCCCGCUUCUUCAAGCAGCCCACCUUCUGCAGUCACUGCACCGACUUCAUCUGGGGCUUCGGGAAGCAGGGAUUCCAGUGUCAAGUCUGCUGCUUUGUCGUGCACAAGCGUUGCCAUGAGUUCGUCACGUUCUCCUGCCCUGGUGCGGACAAGGGCCCAGCCUCUGAUGACCCCCGGAGCAAACACAAGUUUAAGAUCCACACCUAUUCCAGCCCCACCUUUUGUGACCACUGUGGAUCGCUGCUGUAUGGACUCAUCCACCAGGGGAUGAAGUGUGACACCUGUAUGAUGAACGUCCACAAGCGCUGCGUGAUGAAUGUCCCCAGCCUCUGUGGCACCGACCACACGGAACGCCGCGGGCGCAUCUACAUCCAGGCUCACAUUGAAAGGGAGGUCCUCAUCGUUGUCGUAAGAGAUGCUAAAAAUCUUGUACCUAUGGACCCCAAUGGCUUAUCAGAUCCCUACGUUAAACUGAAACUGAUUCCUGAUCCCAAAAGUGAGAGUAAGCAGAAGACCAGGACCAUCAAGUGCUCUCUCAACCCCGAGUGGAACGAGACCUUCAGAUUUCAGCUGAAGGAAUCAGACAAGGACAGAAGACUCUCUGUAGAGAUCUGGGAUUGGGACCUGACCAGCAGGAAUGACUUCAUGGGAUCUCUGUCAUUUGGGAUUUCGGAACUGCAAAAGGCCGGGGUCGAUGGCUGGUUCAAGCUGCUGAGCCAGGAAGAGGGCGAGUACUUCAAUGUGCCUGUGCCACCCGAGGGAAGCGAGGGCAAUGAGGAGCUGCGGCAGAAGUUUGAGAGAGCCAAGAUCAACCAGGGUACCAAAGCUCCAGAAGAAAAGACAGCCAACACCAUCUCCAAAUUUGACAACAAUGGCAACAGGGACCGGAUGAAACUGACCGAUUUUAACUUCCUGAUGGUGCUGGGGAAAGGCAGCUUUGGCAAGGUCAUGCUCUCGGAGCGGAAAGGCACAGAUGAGCUCUAUGCCGUGAAGAUCCUGAAGAAAGACGUGGUGAUCCAAGAUGACGAUGUGGAGUGCACGAUGGUGGAGAAGCGGGUGCUGGCCCUGCCUGGGAAGCCGCCCUUCCUGACUCAGCUCCACUCCUGCUUCCAGACCAUGGACCGCCUGUACUUUGUGAUGGAGUAUGUGAACGGGGGUGACCUCAUGUACCACAUCCAACAAGUUGGCCGGUUCAAGGAGCCCCAUGCAGUAUUUUAUGCUGCAGAGAUCGCCAUUGGUCUGUUCUUCUUACAGAGCAAGGGCAUCAUUUACCGUGACCUAAAACUUGACAACGUGAUGCUGGAUUCUGAGGGGCACAUCAAGAUCGCGGACUUUGGCAUGUGUAAGGAGAACAUCUGGGAUGGGGUGACAACCAAGACUUUCUGUGGCACUCCGGACUACAUUGCCCCAGAGAUCAUCGCGUAUCAGCCCUAUGGAAAGUCUGUGGACUGGUGGGCAUUUGGAGUGCUGCUCUAUGAAAUGCUGGCCGGCCAGGCACCUUUUGAAGGGGAGGAUGAGGAUGAACUGUUCCAGUCCAUCAUGGAGCACAAUGUGGCAUAUCCCAAAUCCAUGUCCAAGGAAGCUGUGGCCAUCUGCAAAGGGCUAAUGACCAAACACCCAGGCAAGCGUCUGGGUUGUGGGCCUGAAGGGGAACGGGACAUUAAAGAACAUGCAUUUUUCCGGUAUAUUGACUGGGAGAAGCUCGAACGCAAGGAGAUUCAGCCACCAUAUAAACCAAAAGCUUGUGGGCGAAAUGCUGAAAACUUCGACCGGUUUUUCACCCGCCAUCCACCAGUCCUAACACCUCCUGACCAGGAAGUCAUCAGGAAUAUUGACCAAUCAGAAUUCGAAGGAUUUUCCUUUGUUAACUCUGAAUUUUUAAAACCUGAAGUCAAGAGCUAAGUAGAUCUGUAGAUCUCCGUCCUCCGUUUCUGUCAUUCAAGCUCAACAGCUCUCAUGGUGACAUUUUUUUUUUUAAUCAUUGCCAAGUUACAUCUGUGUUUUCUUUUCUGAUGAGGCUAGAGUGGCCAUGUUUCAGAACCCAAAUGUCCUCAGGUAGUUUGGAGCAUCUCGAGGAGAUGGGAUUAUGCAGGUGGCAUGAAGAAAGUGCUGCAUAAUUGAGACACGCUCGAAGUCCUCCCACUGUGCGCAACCCCAGCAUGUCGGCUCACGGGCCCACCGGGGAGAGAAAAAGCUUGCUUUCUCUCCCUUCUUCUCUGCACCGCCAUUUUUUUUUUACCCCGAUCAUCGAGUCUACAUCCUCCCUACAAAAUGGAUGGAUGAGCUGAAUGUUAACAAUAGCCUUUCACUUUCCAGACUGGGAGCUUGGCUUGAAUCCAACUGUAUGGCUGCUUUGCCCUAGAGGGAAUCCCUCCACACUGCCUCUUCUGCAGGCAGUAGAGCUUUGGAAAGAACGUGCUAAAAAUAAAUUUUUAUUUUUAUUUUUUAAACUCAACGUUAAGACGAUUAUCUAAGACCUGAAAGAAAGAAAGAAACCAAGCAAACAGGAAUGCGCUUUUAGACAAGUCCGUCUAAAAGCACUUCCAGGGUCAAAGGGCAAUCAGCUUGAGUGCUACCACCAUGCUGCAGUUUCUAACCCUGUGUGUCUGAAACUGGUACCCUCAUCCCCCAAACUACUCAAGAACGGCAUUUGGCACUGUUCCUGGAACCACAUGGUCACUCUAGCAAGGUCCCAAAGGACCGUGAUUUUACAUUACAUUUCAAACGUUAUUUGCUUUUUUUUUUAAUUUCUGUCAUUGUUGAAAUGCAAACAAACAAACAUACAAAAAAAAAAAAAAAAACAAAAAACAAAGUCACUUUGUUACACAUGCUUUAAAAACUAUGUCCAGAUGUCAUGAACCACAAUGGCCUGCUUUGUUGAACCAAGAAGACGGGGCCUGGCAGACUUGUGCCUGUGGGGAGGGGGUUUGUUGCGGUGUCCCGCUGGUGUUGGAGAACGGAUACUGGGCUCUGAGAAAGACAUCAGCUCUCCAAACCACGAUGGUUGCAUUCUUCAGUUUGAUGUCAUUUUGCAAGAUGUUUGUGGAAAUGUUCAUUUGCACUGUGGUAUCUGUUCUGAUAUUUUUCUCCUAGCAUCAAGGUACAAUAAAAAAAAAAAAAGACAGAAAAGAAAUCCUAUUUCAAAGAAAACUGUACUAUUUGAACAAUGAGGACCCACACUACAAAGUAGGGCCCAAGGAAGGAACUCAGGAAAAAGAGGGCUGAAGCUGCCUCUUAUGUAGCCUCAGUGGUCAACGAGCCAGAGAGCAGGGCCUGGAGACCAUUCAGGGAAUGCCUGGUGGCCUAAAAUGGGGUAGAGUAGACAGGCUGGAGCCUCUCCCACACACACACUGUCAGGGUUCAGAGUCCAUAUUCUCACCAGCGUCAAGCUUAGCCACUAGCUAGGAACGUGCCCAGGCCUCUUAAGCUUCUCAUCAAAAUUGCUACUCUUCCAAGUUUGAGCUUCCUUGAGCAAGCAACUCAGUGAGCUCCCAGAAGCCAAGUGGUGGGAGAGACUUCAUUUUCCUCUGGACAGAUGAGGACUGCAGGUGACCCCUCGCCCUUGCCUACAGCUCAGCUCCCUGUUCCUCUCUGGCAGUCCUAAAGGGAAUUCUUAUCAUAGGUCCAAAGAUUUCCUGGCCUUCUGGGGAUUCUGAGAAAUCCUACAGAAACUAUCAAGGGAAGAGCGCCUCCUCCUCUUUUAGAAAGCAUGCCUUGGAGUUCUGCUGAUGCAAAGACCCUCAUAGUUCCUUCUUUGCUGGCUUCUUAUGUCACUCUGCUUCAAGCUUGGCACCUGUCCCUCUUAGAUGAUGUGUAGCAAACUUGAUGUCCUAGCUGCCAAUCUUAGGAUGCUAGCGACAGGGGGAGAUCAGGGCAACCCCACUCCUCAUUUUAUUAUUGGGGCAGCUGGUAUCUGGAGAAUGGAAGUAUUUUCUUGAAGCUUGGUCAGUGAUAAUAUAAAUAGCAGGUAUCCUGACCUCCCAACACUGGGCUCUGUCUGUUCUAUAACAAAACAAAUAUUUCUGAGCCAUAUACCCACUCCCUAGAAAGUUAUGUAGGGGUCUUUCAUCUGGUUACCAAGUCACAAGGCUUUGGACAUAUGCUCAGAAUAAAAACCACAGUGAAACAUUGGGCAAGUGAGCUGAGACAACCUUAGAAAACAAUGUAGGAAAAAUGGAUAGGUGGAUAAGUAAAUAAGAUAGAUAGAUAGAUAGAUAGAUAGAUAAUAGUAUAUAUGUAAAUAUAUACACUACACUCUACAUUUUCAGAUUCUUGACAUUAUUUUUCAAGGGCCACAGUUUUCAGGAAUAGAUACUCAAGCCAAAGUCUCCCUUCCCUUAGCGUACCUUGCUGAGGGCGGGGCCCCAGAAACUUCUGUGGAAGUAAGGGAUCAUUAAUCAGACUUCCUACUGUGUUCUACCAACUUUGUAGAUCAAAGGAAACUAAGAAACAGCUUUCAUCACAUAAGAACUCGAGGGAAAUUUUUGAAAUUUCAUCCAAGAAGAAAUAUUUUCAUUUAUUUUUGCAGUCAUCCACUUAUGCCCCCUCCAUCCAUUCAGGUAACACUUACUGAGCACCAACUGCCAGGCUGGGUGCCAGGAUCAUGGUGAGAAAUACUAAACAUGCAGCCCCUCUCCUUCUCCCUCUUCUCCAGCAUGCCAUCUGUGGGAAAGACUAGAGUCCCCGGGUUUACUAAGAAAAUCCACUAUGGAUGUCUUUGCCGCUUCUUAGUCUCUCUACAGACCACAGUUUGAAGCCGAGGGCAUCGUCUCAACAAUCAUGUAGUGGGGAGGGGAGGGAAGGAGAGAGGUGAGAAGGACUCUUCUAGAAGGCCAAAGACACACUCUCCAUAUUUGAUCAAACUACAGAAAGCUCCCCCAAUGUCAACAGACAGGUACCAAGUUAUCUCUCCUUGGGAAGAAAGGGAGCUACCUGGCUUUAUGUUUAUUUCUGAAUCUUGAGUGUCACCUCUAUGGUACAUCAUUCAGAUAGCCACAGACCCUCUUAGAAUACUGCUAAUCACAGCACGUGACCCUUGACCGUAGCACACCUAAAACAGGCUUAAAUUUUCCACCAAAAUAAAAUAAAGCAAGAAAUGUAUUUAACUCCUGGGAGAAUUGAAGAAAAAAGAAAAAUGAAAUCGAAGAAAUCUAAUUAAAGUUGUUAACUGUGACCAGUUGUAUGUCUGGAUCCACGAAUCUACCCGUUUACGUUCUUAGGAUUCUCGCUGAUCUCUUCCGAGAAAGGACAGGAUCGUGAUUAAUGACCCAUGGGAGGCCAUUGGGAUUGAUGCUCUGCCUAGGAGGAGUAUUUCUGUUCUCAUGUUACUCCAGAUGCUACAAGGCUGAAAGAAUUGUCACAACAAAGGGGCCCCAUUCCCUCCCAAUAUGCUAGGGUAAAAUAAUAGAGGAUUUUCUGAGACUGCUCAGGAGAUGAAGCCCAUUAAAAGGAAGUCUUAUUUGGAAUACAUAGCUUGUUGAAGUAUAGCAAAUAAGAGAAGCCUUCCAAAGUUAGAGUUGGUAGGAGGGGAAGUUCUGCCACAUCCUCUCAGAUAAGGAUGGAUAAGUAGGGAGAGACCCCCCAGAAGAGGAGCUGUCUGUCUUCUGGCCCCAGGUCUGCCCUUCUCCCACCCACAGAGAGCCUUCCAGCUUCCAGACCUUGCCCGUACUCAUCCUGUGCUCCAGUGCAGUGUCCGUUUAUGUAAGCCUUAGGGCUGUUGGAAGUAACUGCUCUCAUUUUGCUUCAGUGUGAAGAAAGAUCAGCCUCAGGAAUUAGAGAAAGCAAGGAGGCGCCCCUUUAACCAACACUUCUUUUAUUGGUUCAGCGAGUGCUUACGAACAGCCUACUGUGUGCUCAUGAACAGCCUACUGUGUGCUCGGUACUGUUCCUGGCAUUGGAAGCACAAUGGCACAGGAACAGACAAGGGUCUUGCCCUCCUGGAAAGAAACAAAGCAGUAAAUGCGCAGAAGACAAUGGGAAAGGUGCUGACCUGUGGUUUGUAGAAUCAUGACAGAAAAAAAAAAAAACAGACAGUAUUAAAGAAACAGAAGACAUCCCAGUUUCCCUCUGGAUCAAAAAGGAACACAUUGAGUGCCCAAGCCUAGAACCUUCCACAAAAGGCACACUGAAAUGUGUGAAUAGGACACAGCAAAAGAUGGCCUGCCAUGUAGAAAACAACUUCAGGAGUAGCCUGUCCCUCUCUGCCCACACUCUUCCAGAGGACCUCCUGAUGCCAGUUUGUCCCUCUCAAUCUCAUUACCCUACUCUGACAGCCCAGGAGGAAGUAGGGAAUAUCUUGUCUGUCUCAAAGGAGCAGCCAAGAAGUAGUAGUUCUAAGCCUGGCAACAGAAAAUCCUUAUCAACCAGUCUCCCUGUUAGGGGCUAAGCCUACUAAGAUUGACCAAACUGAGUCAACCAACAAAGUCCAGUGUGACACAACCUUGGCUUCAGUCAGGCACCUGCUACCCCGUGCUCGAGGAUCCCAGGCAUUGUGAAAGCAGCCCUUAGGCUGUCUCUCCAGCCAGAGCAGCUGUAAUGAGGUAAAAUACCUGCUAUGUGGUCAGACACAAAUCAGGAGCCCACUUUUGCAGUCUUGGGCAAGCCCCUUCACUGACCUGUGCCUCAGUUUUCUCAUACAUCAAACAAGGGGAGGCAAGGACAUCAACUUUGCCUUCUCAAGACAGGUGAGGUGUAAUGGACUUACAGGGACCCUGGAGAGGCCAGCACAUCAGAAAGACCCACUAGUCAGCCCACAUUUACAUUCCCUGGUGGAACCCUCCUCAAACUGGAGCUAGUGGUGCCUAUACACAUGCAGGCAGGAAAAGGAAGGAAGGAAGGAAGGAAGGAAGGAAGGAAGGAAGGAAGGAAGGAAGGAAGGAAGGAAGGCCAGCUAGAUUACCAGCUAUGAAAGGAGUAGUUUCGUUUUUUCAACCUCGCCUUCUUAGAUCUUACUUUCAGCUUGGGAUUGUGUUUCUUAUAAAGAACACUACCAAUGUCUUUGAAGAGACUCUCUGGCUCACGAAAGCUCAGAUUCGACUUUGUUGUCAGCUUUUGAGCAGUCCCCUGAAGCUGAACACCUACCAAUCUUGUUUUGAGAGCUGAAUCUAAAAUAGGAGUUAAGUAGACCCUAGGAGAUUGGCCUGACUUGGAGCCAUAUCUCCUGACACAACUCCGGCUCCAGCUGGGGUGUGGAGACGGCUACCAGUGAGUCUCGGGCAUCAUGAGGAUGAGGUGGACGGUGCUUAGCCUCUUGCAGUGAACACUGAUCUGCUUUCCACACCUGAGAGCAGUGUGUUCAAACAGUUCUCAUUUUUCCGACAACGAAGUCAGCUCCUGACCACAGGGGUCGCUACUGAGUUAUUUUCCUCCAGGAUACUCAAAGAGCUAACUAACUCUAUGACGUUAGCUGUUAAAGGAAAUAGUUACCAAUGAAACUCACCUCAAAGGCAAAACAUAGAACUCCCUUACACACACACACACACACACACACACACACACACACACACACACACCUCUUUAGGGCAGUUCUUUAAAGAAAUCAAUGGAUCUUUUCUCACAGAAAAUUCGCACCAAGUUUUCCGCCCCAAAGCUUGCAUAUACGAUGAAGUGAAAACCGGUUACACGGAAUGUAUCUGCUAAAAACUGUCAGCACAGGGCUUUCUGACCGCUCCAGAGCUUUUUUAUCAGCCUUCUGGUAACUGGCAUGUCCUGGUCGUGUUUCUUGCUGCUGCUUCGGCUUCUGUGUUAAUGUCUUUGCUUUCCAUUUGGCAGAGAGACAAGCGAGACACCUCCAACUUCGACAAAGAGUUCACCAGGCAGCCUGUGGAACUGACUCCCACUGACAAACUCUUCAUCAUGAACUUGGACCAAAAUGAAUUUGCUGGCUUCUCAUAUACUAACCCAGAGUUUGUCA